GUUAAAUCAUAACAAAGUUGUUUACAAUGUGGCGACUGGCGAGUGUACGUAGAAUACCUAGGUGACGCUUGACUUAUACAUUAGCUAGCCCACCGCUUUAAAUAAGGUUUAAAAGAUUUAUGUAAAUGCGACAUUGUAAAAUAGUUUUGUUUUCUACGUUCACCUUUACACCUCCGGCAAUUAGCAAGUAUAAUACCGCUCCCAUUGCUAUGUGCAUAAUGCGGCCCGCACCUACGGCACAAUGUUGUGACGCCGUAAACCACGCAUUGUAAUCGUUUAUUGUACUCUGCCGUAUUAGGUACAGUACAUUCUACAAGAGACCGUCGCGUCGUUAGGAAAAUGUGUCGCUUCAUUCGAUAGCCCUUCUUACAGGCGGCCAAGCGCGGAGCGCGUCAAUGAGACAUUUCGUUUCUUUGUUUCGUUGAUACGCGGCGCUACUACGCGCGAUCAGCUGUUCGGCAUUCGCACGCAGCAGAGUGCGCAGCCGCGCUCGCGCCCGCCUCGCCGCCGCCAUCUUAUCGAGCGGCGCGGGCCGCAGCGCGCACACUCCGCCGGGUCCCGGCCGCCGGAGUCCCGACGCGACACUCUCCUGCUGGGCCGCGCCGCGCCGACCGAGCCGCGCGACCGAACCACGGCGAGGGGAGAGGGGACUCCGCGCAGGCGCGCCGCCCGCGCUCUCAGUCUAGCGCUCGCCGCCGACUAGCGCGCACGUCCGCGCGCUCUAUCUCGCAAAAUCAGCUGAUCGGCGCGCGCCCCGCGGCGCACAUGCCGUGAGGCCGCGCCCGCCACGAUGACGGGCUACGCCCGCGGCGAGGCCGAUUUCGCCGCAGACCGCUUCAGGCGGGACGCCCGGCCCGCCUCGCUCGCUCCAAAGGAUUACUCGGUGCCUUUACACGUAGACUGCAGUAUCGAAUACGAGCUUCCCGACUGUGCCAAGCCGCCGCAGGGCGUCAAGAUCGAGCCGCUGCUCAUGAUCCACCCGUCGCACUUCCGGAGGCUCGAGAGCCUGCGGCGGGUGCCGUUCGUCAACAACCUGCCGCGCACGGACGGUGCGACGGCCGGUGCGGUGGCGGCGCCGGGGCCCGACGCGCGGCGCGGGCGCGCGGCCCGGCGCUGCUGCCGAGCGGCGCCCGCCCCGCCAGCGCCGGCGCCGCAGCCCGCGCAGGCCCAGCGCGCGCGGCUGCCGGAGGACGCGCGCCGCUACCGCUUCGAGUACGCGCCCGAGGGCAGCGGCAAGCUGGUGGCGCGCGGCCGCCUCAAGCCGCACCCGUACCUGCCGCCCGAGGCUCUGGACUGUGAUAUCCGCGCGCUGCCGCCGGCCGCGCCCUACGAGCGCUUCGACAAGCGCGCCUUGCAGCAGCUGCCCAUCUACAUGUAGCCGCCCGGCCGGGGCCGCUCUCUGUGAUGUUUCCUGUAAUUAGUUAGUGAUAAGUGAACGAACCCGAUACCAAAUAGAACUUGUGCGUUGAUAUUGUUUGAACGUCGACUGUGUUGUGGACCUGUGACGCGUACGGCCCCGCGGGGCCCCAACUGAACGUAUUUAUUGCAGUAUCCGAUGCUUCAUGAUAACUUAUUGUACCGUCGCUGAUUCGUUGCGUAUUUCUGUAUAAGAUAUCAUAUCGAUAAAUAUAUGUUCAAAAAUUGUAUUAUAAUAAAUAUGUACCUAUAGAGUAAAAAAAUGAAAGUGAGAAAAAAUAUUACGAAUAAAUCUAGAAAUAGUUAUGUUUUCGAAUAGGUGAUGAUAUAGGACAGUCCCGAGUGGUAAACUAGAAUCGUACUCUACUCUCAUUUUGUAAGCAGUUAUGUUUGUUAAAAUUAUAUAUAAAGAGUCCUCUGAUGAAUAGUCUGAUUAACAAAUAUUCGGCAUGUAAAAGUCUUUAUAAUGCGCUUACUUAGCAUAUCAUAGUAUUAUAUUGUGUCAUAGUCCAAUGCCAAAAAUAUAACUAUCUUUUUACAAAAAUCCCUAAA